AUGGAGAAACACCAAGUGGAAUUUCCUACCUCAUCAUCUACAUCAUUGGCUGCUUAUAAUUCUAAUAUGGUUCAUGUUGAGAAAGAAGAGGUUUUAAGAACUCAAGGGAAGGCAAUAUCAGCGCAGAAAGAAGGUGACAAACAAGAGAUCAAGCAGCACAGAUACGCAUUUCAAACAAGGAGUCCGGUUGAUGUACUUGACGAUGGGUACCAGUGGAGGAAAUAUGGGAAAAAGAUAGUGAAAAGCAAUAAAUUCCCAAGAAGUUACUACAGAUGCUCUCAUCGGGGUUGCAAUGUGAAGAAACAAAUCCAACGCCAUUCCCAAGAUGAAGAAAUCGUAGUAACCACCUACGAAGGGAUGCAUACACACCCUGUCGAUAAGUCAACCGAAAGCUUCGAUCAAAUCUUGGGAAACCUGUUCCUAAACAACCUACUCUGCAGUAAUGUGCCUCCAACUUUGGAAUAG